UCUGACUGACGUGCGACGCGUGGCUUGCGUCACUGCUGUGUUAUAUAUACUACAUAUAUAUAUGUGACGUAGUAUAUAUAAGCGGUGUAGGAGGAUAAGAAUCGCGCGAUAUGAGUCUGUGAAGAUAGUGAGGUGUGAUUAUUCGUGUUUUUCCUUUAGCAUUUUGCGUAAAUAACGUUUUACAAAUGGGUGACAAACUGCGUGCCGUUUUUAUGCUUAUUUGCAUCGGGUUGGUAAAUGGUUACGCGUUAAAUGUUGGCGAGCAAAACGAUCUCACUACGUCCUACACGCAUUAUGAUGAGCUGCAACAGUUGCUCCACUCUUUGGCCGAUAAGUAUCCUCAUCUGGCCAGGGUCUUUUCCAUCGGAAAGUCGGUGGAAGGUCGGGACCUCCUGGUGCUAGAAAUUUCGGAGAAUGUCAAUCAUCGUAGUCCCGGUGAGCCUAUGGUUAAAUAUGUUGCUAAUAUGCACGGCGACGAGGCUGUUGGCAGGCAACUGUUGAUUAUCCUUGGCCAAUAUCUCCUGAACGAAUAUGGAAAAGAUGAACGCAUCAGUCAACUGGUAAACCGCACUGAUAUCUACCUGAUGCCUUCAAUGAAUCCAGAUGGUUUCGAAAAAUCAGUGGAAGGGAAAUGUGAAUCUAAGGAAGACUAUUCAGGAAGGGAAAAUGCCAACCAUGUUGACCUAAAUCGUGAUUUUCCUGAUCAAUUUGCAAGAAGAGGUCAACUUAGAAGAGGCAAUUCUGUAUUAAAUGGACGUCAAAAUGAAACCAUUGCUAUGAUGACCUGGAUUUCCAAUGAACCUUUUGUACUUUCUGGUAAUCUUCAUGGUGGUGCUGUAGUUGCCAGCUAUCCAUAUGAUUCUGGGAUCUCUAAGUCAUGUUGUAUAGAGAGUAAAAGCCCAGAUGAUAAUUUAUUCAAGUAUCUUGCCCAUGUUUAUGCGGACAAUCAUUCAGAAAUGCAUAGAGGUGAUGCUUGUCCACCAGAUAUAUUCCCAAACGGUGUUACAAAUGGAGCAUAUUGGUAUGAAGUAAUUGGUGGAAUGCAAGAUUUCAAUUAUGCUCGUUCUAAUGCAUUCGAAAUAACAUUUGAGCUAAGUUGUUGCAAAUAUCCACCUGCUUCAACAAUAUUAUAUCAAUGGGAACUCAAUAAAGAAUCUUUGAUUAAAUAUUUGGAACAAGUACAUAAUGGAAUAAAAGGUUUUGUGUAUAGCAAAGAUGGAAAUCCAAUACAAGAAGCAAAUAUCGUUGUGGAAGGAAUAAAUCAUAAUAUAACAACUACAAUUAAUGGCGAAUAUUGGCGUUUGCUUCUCCCAGGAACUUAUUCGGUUUAUGCUACUGCAUGGGGGUAUGAACCCAGUGAAUCGGUAAAUGUUACUGUAUUAAAAGAUAUACCAAUGAUUCUCAAUUUUACAUUAAGCAGCAGAGAAAUGUUUUAUGAUCAAGGCGAAGAUGCAGUCGAAGUCGAAGAAGUAAUGAGAACUAUUGACAAAUAUGGUUUUUACCAUGACGUGAAAUUCAAGCAUCACAAUUACGUGGCGAUGGAAAAAUACUUGAAAGAGUUGCACGAGAAUUAUGCUAACAUUACUAGACUCUAUAACAUAGGAACCUCCGUAGAAGGUCGCAAACUUUAUGUUAUGGAAGUUACGAAGAAUCCCGGAAAGCACAGUCCUGAGAAGCCGGAAGUAAAAUAUAUCGGAAAUAUGCACGGCAAUGAAGUAGUGGGCAGAGAAAUGCUUUUGUUAUUACUGAGAUACCUCUGUGAGAAUUAUGGUACCGACCAAAGAGUUACACGGAUAGUGGAGACUAUCAGACUUCACGUAAUGCCAAGCAUGAACCCCGACGGAUAUGAGAUUUCCACAGAGGAUGAUGCUUAUGGAAUGAAGGGCAGAGUAAAUGCUAAGGGAGUGGACCUCAAUAGAAAUUUCCCCGAUCACUAUGUCGUUAAUAAUUUUAAUCGGCAGCAGCAACCCGAGACCAAAGCAGUAAUGGAUUGGAUAGCAAAAGUUCCGUUUGUUCUCUCUGCAAAUCUUCACGGAGGCGCAUUGGUUGCGAAUUAUCCUUACGACAGCGGGCCGCAAUCUGUAACCAAGACCGAGAUAUCAACCCCGGACAACGACGUCUUCAAAAUGCUAGCAUUAACGUACUCCAAUGCUCAUCCUCAAAUGCACCUUGGAAAACCUUGCCCGCCGAUGAAACUCUAUGGUCCGAAGACGCUUCUCGAAGAGCAUUUUCCCAAUGGAAUAACAAAUGGCGCUGCCUGGUAUCCUGUCUCUGGUGGCAUGCAGGAUUACAAUUAUUUACAUAGCAAUGAUUUCGAGAUCACUCUAGAAAUCGGAUGCGUCAAGUACCCAAACGCGAGUGACUUGCCAGAUUAUUGGUUGGAGAAUAAGGAGCCUCUCCUUCGCUUCAUCGAAAUGUCUCGUAAAGGUGUGCAUGGUAUAGUGAGUUCAAGCAUUGGCACUCCUAUAUCUCAUGCAAGGAUCUCAGUGGAGGGUAUAAAGCACUACAUCUACACUGCUGAAGGAGGUGAUUAUUGGCGAUUAUUGCUACCAGGGAAUUACAACAUAACUGUCUAUGCAGUAGGAUACGAAACACUUACACAAACUGUGAACGUACCUCACGGUGAAGAUAUCAGGGAUGGAGAAGUGUUGUUGGACUUUACACUAAUGCGUGACGAUCCUCUACAUUGGUCGUCCGCGUAUGAUUUUGGACUGAGAGCGAAUUUGCUGGAUGGUUACUUAAAGAAUUCAGAGCUGAACGCUAGAUUCAGUCAGUUGGAGAAUCAUCAGCCCGAUGUCGCGGAGUUUGUAGCUGGUGAAACGUUAGUUAGCAUGGCUAUUCGCUCAUUGAAAAUCACGCAUGAUAUCGGGUCACCUGAUGAAAGAAAAUUCCGCGUCGCUUUGGUGGGAGGAUUAUUUGCCUCCCAACCGGUGAGCAGGGAAAUUUCGCUACGUUUGGCGACGCAUAUCCUCAUGGGAAAUCAGAUUGGGGAUCCACCUAUCCAGAGGAUACUGGAUAAUGCUAUAUUGCAUUUUAUUCCCGGUGUCGAUCCAGGAUUCGACAACAUAAAAGAAGUCAAAGAUUGUAAUCCUGUAGUCAAGGAUGAAGUAGGAGAAAAAUUAUUGUCAGCAAGUAAUAUGUCCGAGCGUAUAGACGUGAUCACAAAUGCAUUUAAGAGAAUGCUACAAACUGAGAGUUACGAUGUUGUCGUGAUAUUAAGAGGUGGAGCCCCACAAAUUGGUUAUUCGUACGAUGACUUAAGUGUAUUUAAAACACUCGCCGAGGACUAUGAACAUUUCAGACACAAAGAGAUGAGCAGCUAUAUGAGCGACAGUAUGCAACGUUUGGCAAAUUUUAUACAGCGCGAAUAUAACACGCCAAUGAUAAGCGUAAGCCUGUCCUCUUGCAAGUAUCCGCUCGCGAACUCCAUCCCUAUCAUUUGGCGCGAGAAUCUGCAACCGCUGAUGAAGCUCGUGCGGAGCCUCACGAGCGGUAUCCGCGCGGCAAUAACGAAUGAGUACGGUGUGCCGCUUCGAGAAACCACUGUUAAAAUAGGAGGAAGAAUUUACAAAGUAUCAAGCAACAUGGCUUAUUUCAAGACGAUACUCAUACCGGGUAAUUAUACGUUAACAGUCUCCUGCGAAGGAUACAAUACGCGAGUAUUACAAGUUGACGUGACGCCGGAGAACAUAACAGAUAUCGAUAUCAAGAUGACACGGAAGAACGCAGCACAAAACGAGAAAGUGGUGCCUGAGAACUUGAGUGCCAUAAACCGCGUUCUGAGCGACCUGAAUAUGAAAUAUCCUCAACGAACAACUUUACACACCAUUGGCAGAAGCGUGACAGGACGCAAGAUAAUGUGCUUGGAAAUUAGCUCUGAUAAUGAGCAAAAGUUAAUAGGACGACCCGCCAUUGUGUUCUUAGCUGGCACACUGCGAAGUGAACCGGUGACGUUUGAAGUGCUCUUACAUUUUGCCUCGUUUCUCUUGGACAUGUACAAACAAAACAUCCGAAUCAUAAAUUACGUAGAUAAUUUCUCUAUAUACAUAGCACCGGACUUCACCACCGAUUCCGAUGAGGAUCACACUUGCUCACCGCCAUUGAAAGGCUUGCAGUUCUCGAUCCACGAUAAACUCAAUAACGAGGCGACAAUAAUUACGAAUUGGCUGAAGGACAUUAAUGCGGUGUUAGCCGUAAAUCUCAACAGCGGUUCGCGACAUGUAGAAAUUCCAUUGGGAAGCAACUACGGAAACGCACGCAACCAGACGUAUAAAAGCGCUGACGAAGAUUUGUUGCAGCACUUAGCUCGCGUGUAUGUUAACGAGAGGGCGGGCAAAUUGUCCACAAAUUCGAAGUGUCAGCGAAAUUUGAAUAUCGCUGACAACAGUGUGAUACACGCGGGAGUAGGAAUUGGCGGAAAAAGAGGGAAUCCGUUGAUGGAUUAUGCCUACUUCAAUACGAGUACUUUAAUGAUGGAUGUGUACGUUACUUGUUGUACCACUGACAACUCGGUUGUCGUGUGGAAAGAGAACAAAGAUAGUUUGUUGGCCUGCAUAGAGGAAAUAAGUAAAGGCGUGAGAGGAUACAUCACCAACGAGAACGAUUUGCCGGUUGAGAAUGCUGUGUUGUCUUAUGACAAAUCACCGCAUCUUAUUAGAAAUAGAAAAGCGGGCUCCUAUUCGAUCCUACUACGGCCAGGAAGUCACAAUAUAACAGCCACGGCAUCCGGAUAUAUUAAACAGACCAAACUCGUUUCCACAUCCGACGUGAAGAAGUUUUCGAGGUUGAUGUUCAAGCUCAUUCGUGACGAUAAUAUCAUGGGAAUACCUAGAUUAGCAUUCGUUAUGUUGACAGGUACGAUAUGUUUUGGCAUUAUCUUGUGUGGCAUAUGUAUUUUCAUGAAAUGUCAAUCUUCGGAGAACUCUGAGAAAAACAGAAAAGGAUAUGCGUUUAGCUUAUUGAAAGAUGGCACUAGUUUCUUUGACGAUGACGAGAAGGAAGUUGAAAUAUUUCGAAGACCAGUGGAUGUUUAUUCCACGAACGAUAGUGAAGUUACCAAGCCAUAUUACGACGACGAUAAUAGUUCCGAAGACGGCAGCGAUUUGGAGUUUAUUCGGCCUGAACGAGAAUGGAAUGAUAAAAUGCUACAACAAACGUGAUAGCAUUUUUAUACGAUAUGAGGUUUAUUGCAAUGCAUAGGAUAAAUUAAUCGAGGUUUGGACAAAGGCUUAAUUAAUUGUGUUCAAUGUUCAAGAAAGAAAUUUAAUAGGAGUAGUACAAUAUCGAAGUUUACAAGAUGAAAAGAACAGGGUCCAAAUAUAUUUAAAAAUAUGUAUUUACAACAGCUACAUAUACAUAUAUG